UUUUUUUUUUCGUCAAUAGGAUUUCAUUGAUAGAAUUCAAGAUGAAAUACAAGAGCCGGCAAGUACAAGACACUUCCAGAGACACAAGCUGGUGAGUACAAGAACACCCAGAGACAAAGACCAAACAAGGUAAACAAAGGGAAAAAAACUCAAACAAACCAACUACACUACAACCAUCAAUACUUCCUAGAUUAGAAUCAAGAAACCCAAAAAAGAUUUACAAAACCUAAACUUUAGAAAAUUAAAUCAAAUAUGAGAUUAAGAAAAAUACACAAACGGGUUACAAUACAAGAAUCUCCUUUACCACAAGUUGGAACCGAAUGAAAAUGCCGUGCGACCCUCUUUAUAAUGCUCCGGAGAGGAGCCACGGAGGCGGUGAGACACAUCCAAAACCUAGAGACUCAAGGAUCGUCUCUUGA